AUGCUUUUCAGUGUUUCUUAUACGGCGAUUCUGAUAGUGCAUGCUACAGUACUGGAUAACCUUUUCAAGAAUUACGUUGACGAGAGCAAGCUGACGUAUAUCGGAAUGUCGUUCUGCUGGCCGAAGAACUGUGUCGUGAUGCUGAAAAGUAGUCUCAAAUAUUUACCCGGAUUCAACCUCUGUGCCUUUAUGUGUAAUGCUAUCUGGAUUAAUCGUUUCAGCAAAGAAAAGGCUCACAAGGCUCUUGAUUCGACGUUGAAGGCUAUCAUUGAGAACCAAAGAAAGAUUUGGAUCUAUCCGGAGGGAACACGUAAUCCAGGGAAGACUAUGCUUCCAUUCAAAAAAGGUGCAUUCGUCCUGUCAGUUGAGGCUAAGUGGAUAACAGUCAGCACAUGUGUGACCAACAAGCGGCAGUUAGUGAAAUUUGCUCCCAGGGUUCCUGUGGUAUGCUGCGUCUUCUCAUCGCACAGUUUUUUCUACGACGCUGCUAGUCGGAAGUUUGACAGUGGCGAAUGCUUAGUGGAAUUCCUGCCACCAGUGGAUCCUGCGAAUUUCAAAACGGUGGAAGAGCUAAGCGAUUACUGCCGUGGUAUGAUGAUGGCCAAAUAUGAUGAAUUAAAUAAGCAAAUGAGGAGUAGACUAUUGGGUAAAGACGAGUAG